GAGCAGGGUUUUGUUUACAAACGGAGCUGAGGAGGUGUGCUCACUAGCUCCAUUAUGAGGAAGAGGGACUGAGAGCAGAGAGAGAGAUAAAGAGCGAGUGGGACCAGAGGAGAGCGGCUGCCUGGGUUAAAAUUAUCAGUGUUAGGCUAAUUUUCGCUGUCUCCUUUUCCACCCCCUCUUUGUCUGUUUUGGAAGAAGGGGAGCAGAUGGUUGGGCCUGACAGAGCAGAGAGCACAAUGCCAGUGCGGGCAUGAGGAGCUGCUUUUACAGGAACACUAGGCACUGCAGAGAGCCAUUCAAGUUCUUCCUUUGUUUCCCAUAAUUGGCAGGUUUUCACAGCAAGAGAGGAAAUCUAUGUCGAGACAAGUAUCCAAGGAAGGCAGAGGCAGAGAGAGAGAGGGAGAGGAAAACAGAGGCCUUCAGAGGAGCAGGGGAGGGAGGGGUAAGCCUUGUGACAAUGUUUUGAAGGGGAGACAAAGCAAAGCAGCGACUGCACUCAGCUGGAUAGAUUCAGUUAGCUGCAUGGGACUUGGACAGUUCUCUCUCCAUUUGAAAUAUUAACAAUGACAUUGAUGUGUCUUUAACCUGCGAGGAUCAUCAUCUACAGGAGAGCAUCUUGGGGAACUGAGAGUGUUUGUCCCAAUGGGAUUGACUCAUAGCCUACAGACAAAAGUCAUUUUCAUUGGGGACACAGAAGAGGUUGGACUCACAUCAUUGUCUGAAAGACAGUGACUUUUUUGGGGAAAACCUCCUCGAUCUGUCGGCACCCCAACAAACAAAGAACCAGGACUGGUUGUGACACCAGACACAGUGACUCUAGAGGUUGUGAGUAACUUCAGACGUUUUGACCCCUGUCCACUGAUUCCCUGGGUCCCUCUGGCUGUCUGGAGGCUGAUUUCACCCGGUCCAGUGGUGUCACGGAUGUCUGUGUGGUUAAGUAUCGCAGAGCUCAGACCCCUACUGCAAGAUGACAUCGGAAGAAAUCUACCACCUGCCCCUCAACGUGUAUGUCAUCAUCCUGGGCAUUGGCCUCUUCAUCUUCAUGCUCAGCCUGAUCUUCUGCUGCUACAUGUUCAGGUUAAGGCGACAAGGCACAAGGGAGCAAUAUGGAUAUAAUGAGGUGGUUUUGAAAGGAGCAGGAAAUAAACUGAGUCUUCUUGGACAGACCUGUGCCGUGUGCUUAGAAGAGUUCAAAAGCAGAGAUGAGCUUGGAGUGUGUCCCUGCUCACAUGCCUUUCACAAGAAGUGUCUGUUAAAAUGGCUGGAGAUCCGCAGUGUCUGCCCCAUGUGCAACAAACCCAUCUGCCGUUUGCAGCCAGACCCCCCACAGGGCGCAGAGGGGCCCCCAAGCCCAAUGGAGGUGUGAGAUGAGAGAGGGACCCACCACAGCACCUCAACACCCCUAACUACAGUUCCAACCUGCCUCAUCCCACUCCACCCGACCCCUACAAAUCACACCCUGGUCCAGUUGAAGUGAAUCAGGCAUUCCAUCCUGACCUCUCCAAUAUACCCCCAUCCUAGAGUUCUGACAGACCAUUUGAAUCCACUCUACUCUGGUUUUGAAGGUGUUAGACCCCUGCAGGUGUGUGUGAGAUGAGACUUUAAAGUGGAACUUAUAGAACAAUAUCUGAAAGGCAGGGGAUGGAUGAAGAGACCCUGUCCCAUGACCACCAGCCAACCCAUACAGGAGAGGUACUGAAAAAAAGUUGGGAUGCUGUGCAUUGGGCUCUACUUUCCCAAAUCAUAGUCAAUAACCCUCCAUCCAAUUGUUGCCAAGUGAAGAUAGGGUGUCCUGAUUGGUUGAUGAGUAACAUGGGGCCUGGAUGGAGGUGACAUCUACAUACCACGCCCACAGCUGCCAUCAUGGGCCUAUGAGGUAUCCAGCUAUGACAUAGGGUGCAGUGACCCUGUCACUAGAUAACACAUCAGGAUCGUUCUUGAUUUGCAUUGCCAUUUAAGCAUGGCAUUUUGGAAGAAAUUAACUUCAUUUUUGUUGAAUUGUUUUUAUUUAAAUGUACUGUAUUUGGGUACAUCCCAUUCUAAAUAAACUAAUAUGGCAGCUUAAUCACUUUAAAUAUCAAGGACGGUAAUUACACAUUUUAGGUAAUUGAGGAUUUUCUUAAAUGGAGGCCACAGAUGCUUAACCCUUGAAAAAUAAUUUACUAAAGGGAAAUUAUUAAUAUUUUACUCACAAUGUAAUUUCCCUUCUUUUAAAUUGAGUAAUACCAAUGACAAUUUUUAUUUAGACACCAAGUUAUCAAUGGAAUCCUCAAAAUUAUGACAUGCUAAAAGGGUGUGAUUAGCUAAGAACUUUCUUUAAUAUAGACCCCUCCCCCAAUAACAGUUUGCAACUGGAGGGAAUGCUCAAGGUCCUUGUAUAUAUUUUGUGUAAUGAGUCAUCUCAGAAACCCCAAACUAAAAUCUGGUGUAAUUGCGUCAGAUGCCUGAUUACGUUCUGGGGCAGAUGUAUGAAAAAAGAUAGGCCUACUAAUGAGACUAGCGAAGUCACUUUAAACAAUGAAUUAAGUAUACAGUUUUGCAGUACAAAUUGAUUUAGCUAUAUUUUAUCAUUUAUAAACGGUUCAAUAUAAACAAAAACAUGUAUAUGAUGUGUAACUAUUUGUCUAAAGUGUUUUUCAUUGUUGCAAAGCUGAGGGACGCAAAUGCCACUGCAAUUCAAGAAUGACCCAUCAAUGAAAUAUAUAAUCUUUAAAUUAUUUCUAAGGAAUUGUUUUGUAUUAUAACUGGCUUUCAAUAAAGUAUAUUGUUUCAGUGA